AUGGCCCGCAUCCACCACGAGGAGGAAGGACCAAGAGAGGCGCCACUGCCUCCUCCAGCUGCUGCCGUCGAGGUGCAGCGCUUGUCAAAGGAAAUUGCGAGCACGAAGCAAUCAUUGAAGCGAUUGCGUCGUGCAGUUUCCAACCUGUUUUUGAGAGCUCGGCAGAUUACAAUUGUCUUGGCCGUUUACAUGCUGUCGGAGUAUGACAUCGGGGUUGUGAAGUUUUUGCAGUGGGUUUCGUGGCUUCGAAGCAGAGUUCCGGCAGGCAAACAGGCCGUCUUUAUCAAUGUGGACGAAACUAGCAUAUCUCUGGCGCGGCCAGACCUCAAGGGCAAUAUCGUGCCCGGAAAGUGCUCCUUGCAGCAGAAGGGAAAGCGUACAAGGGGUGCCUUGACCCACGUGGCCAGCAUUUGCAACCGAUCCGACAUCCAGCCGUGUCUUCCGCAAGUGAUUUUGAGCAACACACGUGUUGUGAGUCAGAAGCUGGCCAAAUCGUUGUUGCCCCUGCAGCCGGAAACAGUGCGAUUGGUACGGGGCAAGACUGGCUGGAGUACAGCUGCUUCCUUCGUAGAGUAUUUGAAAAUGCUUCGAGACGCACUAUCACUGUGGCCAGAGAUUCAACCCAUCCUCGUGAUGGAUUGUGCUCCAGCCCAUCUUGCUGACAGCGUGAUAGAAGCUGCCAAUAAUCAAGGUUUUUUUACAGCUGUUUGCCCCGCCGGCCUGACGCCUCUGCUCCAACCGCUAGAUGUAUAUUGUUUCCAGGGGUACAAGCACUAUUUGGCAGAGAAAACCAGAGACGCAGUAGACUUGUCCAUGUCUUCACUGUCUUCACGGAUGCAAAUUUUGUUUGGAGCCUGCACGACUUACUUGAGUCGUCGGAGUUGGAAGUCUGCUUUUGGCCGGCUUCAACUAACACAGAUGAGCAAACGCCUGUGUCUCGGGGCCUGCAGGAUGUAUUUCCUGCCGGUUUGCCAACGUUGGACCCGCAGAUGCCCACCCAUGAAGAUCUUGAGGACCUUUUCCCGUCUAGUGAAUGGAUUCGUGUUCCACUUCGCGCGGGAAGACUGCGACUUCGUGUGUAGGCCCUUGUUGGUUCUGUGCGUUUUUCAUUGCCAGUUUGCCUACUUCCGAAUCGUACUGUAUGAAAGCCCCGCAGAUGGAACCAAUCUCUUAAAAGAUCUUGUUUCGAAAGCACAGUAA